CGUUGUCAUCGUCGUUGUCGUCGUCGUCGUCGUCGUCGACGUCGUAGUCCCCGAGUGUUGAAGUUGCGCGCGAGUCGAGUGCAAUCGCGCGCGGUACCCGUCUCGUCGUCGCGGCCGAAUGCUAAUUACGUGCGCCGCGUUGUCGCGGAACGUGCGUCGUCGGCGGUAGCUGUGUGUCCCGUUCUCCGGUGUGCGUUCUCCGCGGUUCACCGGCUCGCUCUCUCUUUCUCUCUCUCUCCCUCUCUUCCUCUCUCACCGUUUCUCCGCGCGUCGGCUCCUCGCGACCCGCGGCGUGCGUGCGUGCUCGCGGGCACGCGCGAGCGAGGCGUUACACGCGCGCGUCAGGUCCUCCCUCGCGUCGCCGGCGAUUCGCGCGCGCCGGGUUAUGCAUCGCGUCGGCGGCGGCGCGGGUGCGGCGGUGAGUACGCGGAAGUAGCAGCAGCAGCAGCAGCAGCGACGGCCGCUCGUCGCACUCAUGUUCGCGGCUGGUGGUGAGGCGCGCUGAGACGCGCGCGCCGGACAUGUCAGCGAUGUCCUGGGGCACGGCCGCGGGUCGCCGGGGACGCCCGCCGCCUUGUCGAUCGUCGCCCUCGUCCUCCUCGGACUGCUGUCGGCGGCCACCGUCGUCGUCGGCGAGAAGAGCAAGAAAUACCAGAUGAGCGACGUCUGCAAGAAGUACUUCCUGCGGGAUCUCUAUAGGAAGAUAGACGGCGCCGUUCUUACCUCGCAAAAUGAGAGGGAGCUCGAUUGCGCCAUUACUUUCCAGACUCACAGCAUCCUCCAGCGGUUUAUGCUCCGAUUCGAUCAGCUGCAGUUAGACUGCAACGACCAUCUCUACAUCUACGAUGGCGCGCACGCGGUCGGCAGUUACAAGGCAGACCUAUCCUGCAGAAACACGAAGCAGACCGUGGGCGCGAUUUACACGCGCACAAACUUCGUGACGUUGAGAUACAUGACCGACGCCUGGGGCACCAACUCGAAUGGCUUCCGCCUCGUCAUCACAGCCGUCAAGGAUCCGAAACACACCUGCAAAGAUUUUCGAUGCACUCAGAAUGAAUUCUGCAUCGAAACGGAUCUUCUUUGCGAUGGCGUGAAUCAUUGUGGCGAUGGAUCUGAUGAGGCCGCUUCCACCCUUUGUGCCAAUUCCGAGGCAUCGACGAUCCUAGGCAUGCAGACUACUUGGUUCGCCAUCGCCCUUGUUUUUCUGAUACUCAGCAUGGGCGGCCUGGUAACGGCGGCGGUUCUCUGCUUUUGCAGGCAGCGUGUUCCUACCCCGAGGCACCCCCAUAACGCGCACAAUGCUCAGUCUCAUCCCCCAGUCAGCUUCCCAUGGAUUCCGAGCUCGUUGGGGCCCGUUCAGUACGUGCCGUUCGUCUAUCGCGGAGUUUCGCCAGCGACGAUCAACCAGUCGUUGCAGCGAUCAGUGCCCACCGGACAGUCGACCGGAAUCAUUCGCAGACGAACCUUCGUGCGAUAUCACGGUCAAGGUGGAGCUUCCGACGGAUUUAAGAUGACGAUCACCGACCAGGCUGGUUGUUCGCCAACCUGGAGGAUUUUCAUAAUUCUUCUAUUAAUCUGCGAGUUUGUCGCGAGCAACCCCGUAGACAAUCGGGACGGUAAGGAUUUCUUCAUGGGGCCCUGCCUGGUGAACAAUCGAACCUGCCCCGAUGAAGAAGUGAUGUUCUUUCUUUAUACCAAACAUAACCCGGAGGAGGGACAGCAAUUAUUUGUGAACGACACCAACUCAAAUCUAGCCGAUACCAACUUCGUGGCCGCGAUACCCACGAAGAUAAUCGUGCACGGCUACAAUUCGGAUAUGCAGCUAAGUUACUUGGUGAAUAUUAGGGAUAAAUACUUAAAGAAGGGCAGUUACAAUCUAAUAGCACUCGACUGGCAUCGUUUGGCGACAGCACCGUGUUAUCCCGUGGCCGUCCACAACGUGCCUCACGUGGGCGACUGUCUGGCACAGCUGGUCGACCGUCUGAGGGACUACGGUGCCAAGGACAUCCACGUGAUUGGCUUCAGUCUCGGCGCUCAUGUACCAGCUUUCGCGGCCAACGUACUACGACCGUACAAGCUCACGAGGAUCACCGGUCUCGAUCCGGCGAUGCCGCUUUUCAUUACCGUCAACAAAGACGAGAAGCUCGACGCGAGCGACGCCGAGUUCGUCGACGUGUUACACACGAACGCCUUCAUUCAGGGCAAAAUCGAACCGAGCGGUCAUAUCGACUUUUACAUGAACGGCGGCGUUAAUCAACCUGGUUGCUGGGAGCACGGAAAUCCCUUUGGAUGCAAUCACCACAGGGCAGCGGAGUACUUCGCCGAGUCGAUCAACUCGAAAGUCGGUUUCUGGGGCUGGCCCUGUUCCGGUUUCGUAGCUUAUCUUUUGGGUCUCUGCCCACCCAGAUAUCCCGCGGUGCUGAUGGGCGAGGAUGUCAAUACGAGAUAUCGGGGUUUUCAUCUAGUGAAGACGAAGGCGCAUAGCCCGUACGCGGAAGGAAUGUUCACGGUGGAGGAUUUUUAUCAGGAGAAUCUUUACCAACGAUUGCAAUAGUAUCUCACAUGAAGAUUUUCUUCUCGAUGUGAAGAAAAUGUGUUACGAAGACAGAUUCCAUAUUAAAUGACGAAAUGUAAGAAAAAGGGGGCAUAAUAUUACAAAAAUAUAAAAGAUUAUUUGUGUUGACAUCAUUUCGCGUAUUGUGCGCGGGAAGAUUGAGACAUCGUAGUAGUGCCAGGUAUUUUAUCAGGGAAAUAUUGUAAGUUAUUAAAUCGUAGUGAACUCCGAGUAGAGUACGUUCAAAGAUACAUAUCUAUGUGAAAGAAAGAUAUCAUUUGCUUAAAAUUUUAAGCAAAUGUUAUGCAAUUCAUAAAUUAGCUUCCUCUUUAAAAAUAGUGUGAUAUAAUAGUGUGAUGUAAUAAUAUUUAUAAUAGACUUUAAGAUCCUAUUAUAAAAAUUUAUUUAGUUGGGAAAACAAAUAGAUAUUAUAUUUUUAUAUAAUAUAUAUUUGUUUUCCUAUAAUAAAUUGCUUAUUAUUGCCGUAUUGAAAAAGUGAAUGAGAAUAAAAUUAUGUUUCGAAUAUGAAAUAUUCAAAAAUAUAGAAAAAAAGAGAAUGCAAUAACUGAAUAAUAAAAGUAAAUAAAUAAAUAAUAAGCUUGAAUAGAAUUGAUGGAAUUUUAUCAAUAAAGAUCAAUUGCAUUAGUUGUACUACUUGAAAAUCAAUCAGCGGAAUCUUAUGGGCUACGUUAGAGUUACGCAAAUUAUAUUGAUGCUGCGCGAGAAGAGCUACUAGUACAUCAAGGUCAAGCAAUUGUCAGGACUUAGUAAUCGAUAGCGUGCAAAACCAGAGAAGUGGGGCAAAUAUGAUCGCGACGCGCUCGUACAAUUUCUUAUUGAUCCAAUGUGCGGCGUUCAAAUAAAUAGUAUUUAAUCUGUCCAUCUAUCUGUCUAGCUGUCUUUUAUGUUUGUCUAUCUAUCAACAAGUUAUCCGCUUGUUUUAUCAAUUGUUUCUCUUUUGACAUAUUAUCGUAGUGACAAUAUUAUUAAAUUUCAAUAUUGUUAAAUUUACGAAUUUGGCUUCCCUGAUCAAUCUUGUCUCUCAUGAUUUAUUAUUCCAUAAAUAUUCUUCAAUAAUGAAUAAAUAUAUGGCUGAUUUCCAUUUAUAAAAUAUACCUAUUUAUUAAUAUAUCGGGAGUAUUAUAUGCGACGUAAUGAGUUUUUAAAUAAACUAUAGGUUGAUUAAUGCGAUAUAUUGUGAAGAAUUGUCUGUACGAACCAAUUGUGAUUUUAUCUUUUUGCUUGUAUCUUCGUCGUCAAGAGAAUACACCGAGAUGUUCGAUAUCAAGGAAAUGAUAGCUCUUAUACUAUACUGAAAGUCCGGAAGCCUCAUGAAAUGAUCUUGUUAGGUUCUCGAGAAGUAGCCUCGGGAAAAUAAGACUUAUUACCCUCUCUGAUAUAAAAAUGUCAUGAAAAACAUUUCUCAAAAAUGUCGCAAAUGGUUUUCCGAUUGUUUUCAUAACUCAGCUCCCACAGAAAUAUUUUUGUUAUAUUAAAAAUGUAUUUUCGUAAAAUUUUAUUAUAAUGAUAAACAAUAAUAAAUAAUUAUUUUAGAAUAAUAAACUUUUUUUGUUCAUUUUGCCAGUGUAUAUAUUGUUUACAUUAUUAAUUUGAUAUUUAUACUGAUUAAGUAUAUCAUAAUUAACAUCGUUGAUAUUUUGAAAAAAAUAACAUUUUUGAAAUUGCACACUCAUUUAAUUUAUUCAAGUGUCAAAAAAUAAAAAGUUUAUUUUUCGAUAUUCUAUUACCGAUAAAUAGCAAAUAAAAUUAAACUCGACAUUAAUAUCAAAGGAUAAUCAAUACGGAAUAAAAAUUAAAUUGAACAUUUUCUCUUCUUUUAAUAUUAUGUAUUUAGCAACAGAUGUUCUUUGUAAGUAUAAAUUUCGUUUUAAAGUAAUUCGCGCAAACAUAUACUCGUUAUACAUUAUUUAUCUUCUUCGCGUGCCAUGUGUCAGCACGUAAGACGAUUGCUGUAGUGAGCACAUUAAAUGUACAUUCAGAACACCUUGUAUUAAAAAAUAAUAAAUUAAAAUAAAAAAAUGAAAAAUAAGAACUAAAUAAAAUCUAGCAAAUUUGAGUUAAUAUAUUAAUUUAACGUUCAUUAUCCUUCUUUGUAAUUAAUUUAUUUCGUUUUAAAUCUCAUUAAAAGAGAUUGUUAAUAUUUAAUAUUAUACGUGUACAUAUUAUUCGCGCAUUUGUACUUUUAUUCUUCAUUGAGGUAUUAUCCAAAUUUUAUAUUAUUGAUUAUACAUCAAACGGAAUUAAAUAUCAUAAUUUGUAAUUUUAUCGUGUUCGUAAUUAUAUCUUCGCAUUGGAAAUAAAUUUCAUCCUUUAAUUUUCAGUGAUGCUAAUGCAUUUUUACGACUUUAAUCUUAUCUUUCGAACAAUUGUGAAUUGCGUUUAUUAAUUUCCAACGAAAACUAUUCGCUGUACGUUACGGAACGAUAUUAUUGCAAUCUUUCCUCUCUCUCUCUCUCUCUCUCUCUCUCUCUCUCUCUUUCUCUCUCUCCACAGGACCAGUGGUUAAUCUCGUUUUCAGAGAGCCGCACAUAUAAUGCGAUCCAAUCAACUUAAUCCGCGGUAUCAAAGCAUUUGGAAUCCAAGCGGCCUGAUUCGAAUGUUAAUGAAUGCGAGGAGCACGUUUCUAGGGGUUUCGCGCGAUUGUAUCCAAACAAUUCGUUAGCAACUAACGAGAUCCUCGUUACCGGCUACGUGACGGCAAGAAUGAUUGGAGUAAAAAGCGCGAGACGGUGAGUGAUCUCUCUCUCUCUUCCCAGUAAGCUCAAUCGUCAUAGCUUAAAACCGAACGACAAAUCCCGUCCCGUCCCAGCAACAGGUUGCACUCGACACUAAUUUGCGAGAUCGUCGUCCCACGUCCGCCCAAUUAAGACUCUUAAAUCGACUUCGGACUAGUUUCUUCCGAAUGCAAGAUCGGCGUCCGACUGCAGGUGACAUAUCACCUUCUGACCUUCAUAAAUUAUCACGCUAUUUUAAAGAUACAGAUUGUUAUACAUUGUUGUUUCGAUCAAUUAGUAAUCGUUUCUUGUUUACAAUUUUCAGCUCUCAGAAAUUUUUGUUUCAAAGUUAUGAAUUUUUUAAAUAUGAAACAAGCCAAUAAAUGUAUAGCCGGUCAUGCAGUCUUGACCGAUCAUGUAGCCUGCGGGCAAAUCUUGGGAUGAAUGAGAUGUCUAAUAAUAAUUUUUAUGUAUGACUUAAUUUACAAUCUCCGACUUCCGCAUAUUCGUCGGUCUUGCAACACAGUUCUUAACUGAAGCCGAACGUAACGUCAUAAAUUAAAUUGACGAGUAAUUUAAUAACACUGAUGCUCAUGAGUAUUUUAAAACAAGAAUUUACUCCAAAAAAUAAUAUUACAGCAAAGAUUUAAACCAGGAUCUUCUCAUAUUAUUAUUAAAUUAGUUGUUAAUCUAAUUUGUAUCAUUACGCAAUCUAAUUUCAGUUGACUAUUGUAUUUCAAGAAUAUGUGGCGCACGGUUCACUGGAGAUUGCGAACAAAAGUUACACAAAAAUUAAAAAUUAUCAUAAGUAUUAUCAUAAGAUCCGACGUGGACUAUCGCAAAACCGAUACUGGCUUUUCUCAUACUUAUGUUUAAAAAUUCAUAGCUUUGAAACAAAAGUUACUUGAGGAAAAAUACUUUCAUACUUUCUAAAGUUGAUAUUUCAAACUACGGAAUAAAUUCAAUUGUCGCGAUAUCGACUUAAAAAAAAGUUGAGUUAUUUAGUAACUUGGAAAUGACGUAUUAUAAUAUGCACGCGAAUGAGUAUAAGUUGAAAAUAUAUAUUGCAUUUACAUUUUAAAUGAACUCAAGUCAGGUCUCCUAAGUUUUUACAACAGGGUUCUAAAUAAUUUGAGGUAAUGGCCGCAAAGGGAAAAGGAGGAAAAGAGAGACAAAAUGUAAAUGUAGCCAGUGUUAAAUGUAUCCUAAUUAGAAAUGAAAAAACCGAGUAUUUUUUAAUUUGAAAAAAAAAAAAAUUAA